CCAUGGAAACGCCACGGUAGACACAUAGAGAGAUGACUGAAGGCUGACAGGUGUCAAUCAUCAGUGUACAAUCAGUGAUGGAGUUCCCCCAACAUUCUCAGCAGCUGCUGUCAGCUCUGCGUUCCCAGCGCCAACGGGGCUUCCUCUGUGACUGCACCGUCCUGGUGGGCUCAUCCCGUUUCCUGGCUCACCGGGCUGUUUUGGCCUCCUGUUCUCCUUUCUUCCACAUGUUCUACUCAGAUUCUCCGGGCAGCAAUGGUGCAAACAGCAGCAGCAGCAGCUCUGUCACACUUGACAGUGACAUUGUCACGGCCGCUGCAUUUGGCUUACUCUUGGACUUUGUGUAUGAAGGCGUGCUGCAGCUGGAGGAGUCUCCACCAGUGGAAGACAUAUUGGCGGCGGCAAGCUUCCUGCACAUGAACGAAGUGGUGAGAGUGUGCAAGAGGCGACUUCAGAGACGAGGGCCUGUGGCUGAGGCAGACAGCACUCGCUCUGAAGAGAGCACUAGUGCGAAGAAAGCAGUGGAGAUAGUGAGGGGAGGUGGGGUUGAUGGUGGAGCUGGGCCAGUGAUGGCAACAGAUCACUUGAGUCCUGUUGCCAUGGCAGCGCCGCUCUCAUCUGUGUCCAUGAUGACAGAGAGGAGUCUGUUGGAGUCUGUGAAGUCUGAACGCAGGAAUGGUGGCAGUUCUUCAGAGACACGAGUUCAGACCCCUCUGAGCCCUGACCUCGCUGAUACUACACAGCCCGGCAUGGAUGGCCCUCCUCUGCUCCCAGCUGGAGAGCUGAUGCAGGGACACACCUCACGUCAGUCUGCCCCGGCCUCUGGAGGGCACACCAGGUUGGGGACUAGCAGUCAGGGUGAGGGGUCAGCACUCUGCAGCCCUUGCAGCACCACUGAGACAUACAGGUACAGCAGUAACCAGUUGCCCUCCUCCUCUUCCUCCCUGGUCCCAGUGAAUCAGGCAGGUGGUCGGUCAGCAGUCACCCUUCUCCAGUCAGAAUCCUGCUUUUCUCCCAGCUCCCUUCAUGACACAUCCCGUCUUCCCAGUAACGAUAACACUGUUAGAAAACCCUCAGAGACUGAGCGCAGAGGUACAUCAGGUGACGAACAACAGAUGGUCAUGUUAAUCCACGCAUCAGCGCCACCCUCACACUUACAAACCAACCUGACACAAUCGUCACCGCUGCAUUCACAUCCCCAGAUCCAAAUCCAGAGUGCCGUGUCACUCCAAAGCCGAAGCCCAAACUUUGACUCUGCUUCCCAGACCCAAAUGAUGACAGGGCUCAGAAGGGAGAUGGGAGUUUCACCCACACUUAGGGGGGGAAGAUCACACCCUCAUAUGGGCAGAGUGAGGAUGGAGGACUAUGAAGGGGAGAAUGUGAAAGUCAAAGUGGAGGCCAUUGUUAUCUCUGAUGAAGAGCUAGAGGAGGAAAGAGAUGAAGGCGGAGAGAGUGAACCAGUGAUGGAAGUGGACAAUGAUUUUGACGAUGACAUGCAGGAAGAGGAGCUGAACAGCCCUCAGCAUCUUUCCUCCCGCUCACAGGGCCUCUUACAAAUGGCCUCCCAUUCCAAUGACUACUCCUUCCCACUCUCCCCUUCCUCCUCCUCCUCUGGUGCUGGCCCUUCUUCCCAGGACGCUUCCUCGUAUGCUGCCUCUCUCAUUCCUCCAUCCACAGCCCAGCAGCAUUCAGACGCACCUGCCUACUUUCAGGAUUUCCAGGACGCCAUGGGGAACUUUGUAGAAGAUGUCCCGACGUGCGGCGUGUGCGGAAAGACUUUCUCAUGCACAUACACACUAAGACGCCAUGCCAUCGUGCACACGAGAGAGCGCCCCUACGAGUGCCGUUACUGCUACCGGAGCUACACACAGUCAGGCGACCUGUAUCGACACAUUCGCAAAGCUCAUGACCACACCCUGCCAGCCAAACGCAGUAAGGCGGAUGUGGAGCACAUCCUCCCACCACAACCACCACCACCACCUCUCAGCUAACAUACAAACAGACAAACUAUUGAAUUUCUAUACUUAAACACACACAGCUAAACUUUGAGGCGAUAUCCCAAUAGUUCAAAUUCUCACUUUAAAGGACAGGUUCACAAUUUUUCAAGUCUCUUAAAACAGUCAGGUGUCCAAAUAAACAUUGAAACUGGAUUUGCUUGCUGUCCUCCUUUUUAACUGGCAAAUAUUAGUGAUGGAGGAUAAAAUCCACAGUCCUCACUUUGCACAAAAGUGUAUUUAAUAGCUUAUCUGAAACUAAUAUCAAGUUUUAUCGUUUUAAGUUAGUCAAAUGAGG